UAGACUGAGUGCAGAAAACAACUGCAUCUGAUGAUCUGUUUCGGUUGCUGGUGUUCUGUCAGACUUCUUUGACUUAGCUGGUGCCUAAUAGUGUAAGCAAUACUGGAUGUUUGCUUUCUCCUGAAGAUCUCAAGUGCUUUUGUCUGCAGUUUUCCCAUUGGAUUUAGCUGAUCUAAUCUCAGCAAGAGGAGAUCCAUGUACACCCCAAGUGGCUCGGUAUUGCCCAGUGGGCGCAGGCGAAGAGGCCAAGAUGGGAGUGCCUUGCCAAAGCAGCCAGAAAGGAGCCUGGCUUCUGCACUGCCUGGUGCCCUCUCCAUAACUGCUCUGUGUACUGCACUGGCAGAGCCUGCCUGGCUACGGAUUCAUGGGGGCACUUGUUCUCGCCAAGAACUGGGCGUUGCUGAUGUACUUGGAUAUGUUGACCCCGAAUUGCUUGCAGACUACUGCAUGAACCCCCAGACAGUAUUACUACUCCGGGUUAUUGCUGCUUUUUGCUUCCUGGGAAUUAUCUGCAGCCUCUCAGCCUUCCUGUUAGAUGUCUUUGGACCUAAACAUCCUGCUCUGAAGAUAACUCGGCGCUAUGCAUUUGCCCACAUCCUCACAGUGCUGCAAUGUGCCACAGUGAUUGGGUUCUGUUACUGGGCCUCUGAGCUGAUCCUCGCGCAGCAGCAGCAGCACAAAAAGUACCACGGCUCACAAGUCUACGUUACGUUUGCUGUCAGCUUUUACCUGGUGGCUGGAGCCGGUGGGGCCUCCAUCCUCGCCACAGCUGCCAACCUGCUGCGCCACUACCCCACCGAAGAGGAGGAGCAAGCCUUGGAGCUCCUCUCUGAAAUGGAGGAGAAUGAACCUUACCCAGCAGAGUAUGAAGUGAUCAACCAGUUCCAGCCACCUCCGGCGUACACACCAUAAUGCUACCAUUGGCUGACUGGAGGGGGAGGGAUUAGACUUUCUUCCAGUCCACGCCCCCCACCCCCAGAGCCUAGCUGCACACUUUGGCUUGGGAAUGGAUUCCCUUGCAGAGCCACUUACUGGUGCUUCUUUUCCCAGGUGGCUCACUUACUUCCAACUAUGGAAAGAACUGCCUUUGGGGGAUCACCCGAGCAGGGGUUUUUCCUUAGGCACUGACCUCCAGAGCAACCCUUUGUUCUUGGGUGGGUUUUCUGUUUGUUUUCUAGUCCCCUGCAUCAUUAUGUCAAGUGAGUGGCUGACUGACCAGCGUGACCCAGCGGCUCUGUGCUUUCUCUGUGACUCCAGUGACUGGCGCUGCUGUGUGGGGGUCCACAUGCUUUGCAGUCCAGUGCACAUACUCCCACUCCAAGAGGAAAAGCAUAGUUGCUCCAGGAAGAGGGCUUUGCCUUGUAUGUGACAGAGAUGGCACGUGCACAGCUUAACUGGGGAUGAGCCACAAUUUUGCAUUGUGAGGAGAUUUUUCAUGCUGGCAUAACUACUCAGAGUAGUGAAUUCAACAGUCAUGCACUGUUUAUUAUCCACCCAAGCUCAAUGCGCCUCUUUCCUUUUUUUCAAAAAAGAAAAAUGUGAUUUGCAUCAAUAUUUACAUUGGGGGGGCGGGAGAGUGUGUUCUGCAUUUAGCACACUUUAAGGUGGGAAUCUGGUCUCUAUGCACUGGUUUGUGGGGAGGUGACUCCUUUCCAUUGAUAUAUGUACUGCCUGGAAGGCACGGUACGCUUGCUGCCGCCCCUGCUUCAUCCACUCCCACAUUCUGCCUCAUGCUACUUAACAAAAGCAUUUUGCACUUUAUUUGCUGUUCAUGCAGCCCCCCCCCCCUUCCCUCCCCAGGUACUUAGAGGAGGGAGAGUCAAUAAAACUUGGCAGAACCAGCUCCAGGGUAUUGCCACUAUUGAGAUUCUCUUGGAUAGGUUUGUAGGUACUGGACUUGAUUGGGGGUAAAGGAACAGGGCUUGGCCCACAGAAGAAGUGCUGUUCCAGUUGGGGCACACUGGAUUGGCACUAUUGCUACAAACACACAGCCUACGGUAGGCUUAGGACGCGUUUUUAAAACACACUGGGUUUAAAGAUUAACAGUACUGAAAUUUGUUCAGUGAUCAUCAUCUCAUCUAGUGAUCUAGAUUAUAUGCAACUACCCGGCCCCAGGCAUGAUUUUAAUCUAUUUUUACUUAAACCUUUUCUAACUACCCAUGGUCCUUAGCCCGUCUAACCCCAAAAUUAUUUCUUCCAAAUUAAGUGGGUAUAUUAGGGAGGGUCCUGAUCAUUAACAGAAUGUGAUAUAAGAGCCUCUGAAAGUGAAGAGAAAAAUGAUUGAUUUCCCUUUUGUUUGUGCAUAUUGUGGUACACUGAGCUAAAAUCACUUAGAAUAAGCCAGUGAUUUCCCUUACUCACUGAAGCCAUCUGUUGUUGACUGAGGCAUGGCUUGUGUAGACUGGAAAAUGUGGGAAGGAAAGUGAAAUAAACCUAUCAAGGUUGUAGUUCUUGCUUAAAAAUGUAAUGCCCUUUGAAAGAAGAGGAAAUAUUUAAAUGUUUCCGUGCUUUCAGUAUGGGAUGUGCUCUUACUCAGCUUAAGAUGAGGUUCAGUUAUGUGUCAAUACCUGAUUAAUGGUACUGCCUGUAUACGAACACUGAACCUAUAUCCAGUAGGCAGUGCUGUCUUGUCUCCCUCCUGAAUUAAUAUCUUGGUUUAGUGUACCAGCUUCUCUCUGUCCUUCCCAUGUUUGUUCUAGUUCUUGCAGGGGAAGAUAUGCACAGGGUAGGCUGGCAUCAGUCAGUCCUGGCUACUGAUAUGAAAUGUUAGAAGUCCGUCUAUAGAGGAAGGCAUGACAUGUUAGUGGCUUUUUUGGGAGAGUGGGGCAAAAGCUCCAAUUAAAUUCUAGAGUGAGACACUUGACCCUCUGUUGUGUCAUCUGAAAGACGUAGAGGAAAAUGACUGUGCUUUAGAGUUCCGUAACAGUGCAGUGUGGGGGGAAAAGUAGGAAGAGCAAUUGUUCUUUGCAGAGGAACAGCCCGCCAAAGGCUUUCAUUGCACUGCAGUCCAAUGGAUAAUCUGAUGCAAACUUGGGUACACAGCCAAAAAGAGAGUAUCCAGUGGUUCAGCCUCUAAUUUUGUGUCCUGUUCUUGCUAUCUGAUCACCCUCGGCUCCAGGAAAGGACCUAUCAAGAAUUCACAAAGUGGACUUCGUAGCACCUUUUGGGUGUGGUGCGAGUGGAGGUCAUCCCUUCUCCUCUCCAUUCAGUAGUGUGCUGCAUAUGAGAGAAGAGUUUGACUGUAAAUAGUGUGCAUAAUUUUACUGUCUCCACUUAAACUCUAAUCUUUGGAUCCUGAAGAGAUUGAUUUGAAGCCUGGGGAUGUUUUUGUUGAUUGAUUUCUUGCAGUUGUCUCCUUCACUGGCUCUGGGAAGGGAAAGCAACCCUGGCAGCACCUCCCUGUGCCAAAAGGAGUUGGAUUUGUUUCUGGGAUGGAAAUGGCUUCAUGCAGCUGUUUUCCACAGAUGGGACUUGACCAAAAUUGAUUUCCAUGUAAUCUGUGUACUUGGUUACUGUGAUCACUUUUACACCUUGAACAUCAUUCAUGA